GUAAUCACACACAUCGAUACGAAUUGCUAGUUAUUAAUAAAACUGUCAUACAUAGAUUGUAGUACUACAAUGAUUCAAUCGAUUUCUAAUUCUGAUGACAAAGAGUACAAAACUCAUUCGAAUCUCUAUAAUAAAUUUCGACCUUCUUACCCCAGCCGAAUCAUUGAAAAAAUCAUCUCACUUAUUUCGCCCGAGCAACGAAAGUGGGCUCUGGAUGUCGGUUGUGGCACUGGACUUUUGACCAGGCAACUGGCGCCACACUUUGAGCAUGUUUUGGGAAUUGACAGCAGUGAAAAACAGGUCAAGGUUGCAGAGCAAUCUUCCGAAACUGAUUCUUUGAAUAUUACGUAUAUGAGAGCAGAUUCCGAUGAUCUGGAAGACAUUCUAAACCAAUUAUCGAUUCAAAAGAAUGACGUUUCUCUGGUCACAGUUGCUGAAGCCUUUCACUGGCUUGACACUGAAAAGUUUCUCAACAACUUUCAAAAUAUUUUGUCUCGAAAAUGUCACCUGGCUUUGAUUGGAUAUCCCAGACCUUUCGUCUUGACACCUUCUCAUCUGAGCGACGAAUAUUUUCAGAUUUCAAAUCCUGAAUUAAUUGAAAGAGGGCUCUCUGAAUUCGAUGACCAGGUUUCGAAAUUAGUCGAUAAAUUUUACAACUUGGUUAGAAAUUAUGCAGGAUUUGACUGGUCUAUUUUGGAUUCAGAGUAUCAAUGCUAUGAAACUCAAUUUCAGAAAAAGUUUUUACGUGUAACGACCGAAAAGAUGGCCCAAAUCGUACCGGUGAAUUUGUUUGAGUUUUAUCAAAAUACUCAAACCAGUUCUGCGUACAACCGAUAUUGCAUAGCCGAGAAAAAGUCAAAAGGCGAGAACUUCACAGAUGAGCUUUUAGUGUUGAUAUCCGAAGUCCUUAAGCUGAAGAAGCUUGAACAUUUGGGAGAAAUUAGUCACACAUGUGAAUUUUCAGAUACUGAAAUUGUAAAUAUGAAAUCUGUCUGUUUCAAUUUAUACUACAAUAUAUUUGUAUGGUAUCUAUCGAACUGUGAAUAA